UAUUCAGUUACUUCCCAGCCAGCAAAGACGAGUUUUAUAUUUCGUACUAGCAGCAAAAAUGCAGAUCUUUAACCGCGAAACUUUGCAUUCUAAUUUACAUAAGUUAAAUUAAAAAAAAUAUGUUUAAAAAUACCGUAGCCUUAGGGCGUGAUUACUCAACCAUGUACUAUAACUCAGUAUAUAAUGGAUCUGCCAUUUUCGACAUAAAACACUCUGAAAGUCAAGUUCAGCAACAGAUAUAUAACACAAAUCACAUAGGUUAUGUGCCAACAUCGAGUACUCGGAUUGUUAAGAAACGAAAUACAGCUAAUAAAAAGGAGAGAAGGCGAACACAAAGUAUAAACAACGCAUUCUCCUACCUUCGAGAAAAGAUUCCAAAUGUUCCUACAGAUACUAAAUUAUCAAAGAUUAAAACAUUGAAGUUGGCCAUUUUGUACAUAAACUACUUAGUUAAUGUUCUUGAUGGAGAUCAGGACCCAAAAGGCGGAUUUCGAGCAGAGCUUAAGCCGGUCAGCCGUAAGACUUGUAGCGAAAAGAAACACUGUUUAAAGUCAGAGAUUCAAAAUAUUCCCAUGUCGACUAAGGGCCGUACUGGUUGGCCACAAGAUGUUUGGGCAUCGGAACUUAUUCCAGAGCAUAACUAGACUUCGGUACUUUACUUACCUACAAUAUAAAUAUAUAUAU